AUGCCGCCUCGUCUCAAAGCCGCCGUUGGGGCGGCCAUCAAGGAACGCUGCCUACAAGUCUGGUCCGAUAACCAGGCCCUGCGCAUAUUGCGGCCCAUCGUCGCCGACAUCGACGGAACACAAGCAGAGCGUCUUUACUUUCAUCGGUUCCGUCGCGUAGCAGACGCCGGUCUCUGCAAUCACGUCACAAACCUCACCAAUUUCUGGAGCAGGCUUGCCCCGCAGCUAAGCCAUUCUGAUGAGGCCGUGAAGCAUGCCAUCGUCGCCCUCGGCUCUGCGUACCACAUAUAUCAGACAGCACCCCCGCCCGGCGGGGACGGCGCAACGCCGCGCGAGCUCGAGAUCUUCACGAUCCAGCAAUACAGCACCGCUAUGUCCAAGCUCUCAAGCUACGCCUAUGUACCGAUGAAGGACAGGAUCACCGUCACGCUGUUGUGUUGCGUGUCGUUUGUAUGCAUCGAGACGUUGCGCAACAACUGGCGGCCGGCCCUGAUGCACCUCUCAAACGGCUUGCGCAUCAUUGAGAGCCUUCCCCUGAGCACGCUCGACAAGCUACGGGAUCCCCUGCCGCCCUAUGACAGGACAGGGGCUACAGAAAGCAUGUUGGGGAUGGAUUACAUCCUCAGACUGUUCGCCACAUGGGAGGUUUCCUGCGCGCUGUUCGCUGAGAACUUCAAGCCCGUCAUCUCCAUCAAGCUGUACGAGGGACGCGAACUGGACGACACGCCGCUGGACGAGUUCGAAACCAUCAUGCAGGCUCACCGAGCCAUUGUACAGUACACGCGCGACGUCUUCGCCCUGGUAUGGUUGACUCAGGAACAUCAAGGCGAUGACGAAUUUUGGUCUCAACCGCUUCUUUGCCGCCAGCACGAGAUAUUGAUGGACAAGGGCGACUAUCUUACCGGUCUCUUUGAGCGGUUUAUGGACCGACCCCAAGCCCCCGCAGGCGGCACGGAAGAGUACUACUCCGUCUGUCUUGACAUGCUUCAUUACAAAUGCGCACGGCUGCUGUGUCAGACGCUGCACCAGAAGCCCCAUCAAAGACAGCAAUCACCAGACAUCGUAGCUCAACACGCCGACCUGGUCUCAAUAGCCACUCUCCUGCACCGAGGGCUAGCUGCCAAGCAGCGGCAAACAAUCACACUUUCUCGGUCUUUCACUCUCGAUAUUGGCAUCAUUCCGCCUCUUUACUUUAUUCUGGUUGCUUGCCAGGACCUGGCGGUGCAAGAAAAGGCUCUUGGGAUUCUGCGAGACUACCCACAAAAGGAAAAUCUCUGGGACGGCAACUCAGUACGCAACCUACUGGUCACCGUCGGGAAUGUUAGUUACGGACCGGCGCAUCCCUUCAAGGACGUCCCUCAUUCUUUGGCGUUUGGGAAGGGAAUACCCGCUCUCUACGAGAAGCUGCAGGAACUGCAUAUCAGGGUUGAAAAGGUUUGA